UUCAUAAUGUUUGACAAGAAUGGUAGAUGUGAAGUGGUUGAUUCUCCGGGGUUUGCAAAGGAUUUGGUGGAAAAUUUUCGAUGGUUGAUGGAUGCUUUCUCCGGAAAAACAAAUGACGAAGAUCGAAAGAGAGUUAUCUAUACUAUGGUAGAAACAGCGCAGUAUGGGUAUAGAAAAAUUGUAUCAGCACUACUGUAUGGAAUUCUAACGGAAGAUGAUUAUUCAAAGAUUUUAUGGCUUAUUACCAUCAUAAUAGAUGAUAAUAGAGAAACUACGGUGAAUGCUCAACCUGGCUUGUAUGAAGUCAUUGAAAAUCUUCUUCGCCAGAUUCGUGAAGUUUCAAACAUACCCGACUUUGCGGCCAUUUAUAGUAAUCUAGAUCAUAAUGCAAAAUUGCUUAUGAUACGAAAACCAACGAUGGAUUAUUGUUUGAGUAGUCGCCUUACAAACGAUGAAAAAGCGAGAAUAACCGCAUACUUGGAAAAUCAUACACCAAAAGCUUUUCCACGAAAAUUCGACACAUUUUUUAGGGAUUUUUCAGUUUCCGGAUAUACACUUUUGGACAUAAUAAGAUGGAUAUGCAGUGCAUUUCGCUCAGCAAAGCCAAAUGCGGAAUACCAAAGACAUCAAUUAAUCAGCGCAAUGAUUGCCCAUGCACGCGACAAAGAAAAUUCAAGCGAAGCUAAACAGUCGAUUAUGUUAUUGUCAAAAACGGCUCUUAUACUGGAUUGGCUAUCUUUUGACAGGAAUAGCAUAAAUCAAAAUAUAAACGAUAAUAUAAUUAAUAUCGAGCCAACUGUCCGCUUGAUAUUAGAAUCGUAUCGUACUGACUCUCAAUUUGGUCCAGAAUUAAUUGAAUAUUUGGGAUCCUCAAUUAGCAAUUUUCUUCCAGGUUUUGAUCCUGAAAUUCGUGAAAAUGUUAGAGUUGCUGCUCAAACCGUUAUACGAAGGAAUGUUAUGACGAUAGAAGAACUUAACAUGAUCCGAAGUAAAACCAACGAUGGCCGUGCUGCUAGUAGGAUAAUAUUGGAAAUAUGGGGUGGCAAUAAACAAUUAUCGCAGCAAAGCUUCCAACAGCAAAGUCCUUCUUUACCUCCACGGCAGCAAUUAACACCUUUAAAUCAAACUGCUGGCGCUUUAUAUAACCGACCAUUAAAUCAAACAGGUAGCACUUCAAAUAGUGAUCAGCAAAACUCUAGACGCACAUCUGUAAACUACGAUUCCCUACCAAUGCAAAGCAAUCCUUUAGUUCAACCAACGCAGCAAGAUUUGCCUGUUUCAGUACCCAGGCAACAAAUACCUCCGACGUCAGCAUUAAAACCUUCAGAUCAGAGAACUACUAUCGACAAUCCUAAAAAGUUACGAAUGUGGUUAUAUUUAUCUGCGUUGCCAAACUUUGAGAAAGCCAUUCAGAAUAAUUAUAUUGAUGAGUCCCUUGAACAUCUAAAAAAUAUUUUCGAGAUAUUUUUGAAGAAUGUCGACCUCGGAUUUCCUAAUUCGCCUCAUUUUAAGGAAUUGCCCGAAAAGUUAGCAGCCCCUUUAUGUAAUUCAAUUAACUUUGAUGAACUAAAGGACUGCUAUGAUCUUUCUAAUCGAUUACUUAAAAUUGAGCCCUCGGGAAGAAAUCUUUUCAACCUAUUGCUUUCGUGGAUAUUUCAAUGGAAAACUGAACCAAACGAUAACAAUUCUAAUAAAUACAAGGCAUUUGAACUACUGAGACUGAUUAUUAAUUGCGCCAAACAGACAGAUGGAAGCAACGAAAUUCAUGCAAAAGCACGAUCAAAAUUAAUGAUGUAUUGUCUAGGGAGAUCACAAUCGAGUGGAUUGCAUGAUACAUCGAGCGUGUUACUUGAUACAAUGGGUAGCAUAAAUAUAAACUUGCCAGACGCUAUCGAGUUGUAUACCGCUUACCUAAAAUUUGAAAUUACACGUGAAAAGAUAUCAUCUAAUGUUGAAGAAGAAUUUAAACAGAGAUGGUUGGAAGAUCUGACCCUUCUUCAGGAGAACGAAAAUAGUGUAUUUUUAUCCAUGGUUCCACAAUUGCUCAAGUUCUGGCCAAAUAUUUUCGUUGGAACUCCACGGUUCAUUUACAUGAUUGCAAGCGGAAUUUAUAAAUUUGAAACUGAUUUGAGACAACAAAAAUACAAGGUUAUCGGCGACGUCGAAGGCGUAGAUUCUAUCCUUGCAUGCGCUUUGGAGUGGGAUUCAUUUGAACAGAUAUACCUAUUUAAUUUGAUAGGAUCAGAAUAUGGCAAUGAUGUUAACCAGACUGAAAAAUUUAUGAGCACAUCAGUUUACCUAAAAAGCUUGGAUCCUUUAACACACCCUGAAGCGCUGUCUGGCUUAAUAUGGCUUCUGGAGACCGUCUCCCCUACAGUAAAAAUUAUUGAGGCUCUAUUUGAAAUUAUGAUUUCUACGACAACAGAAGCACGGAUGUUUUUUGACAAUCUCAAAAUUGAGGGCAGUACAAAUAAAACAGCUGAUUUAAUUAGAGCUAUAGUAGAUUUAAUGGAUGAUUUAUGGAAAAAAUCUUAUCCUGCGUUAAAACACGGUUUCCAAAAGUUGAAACUAUUGCAGUUUUCAAUUGGCAUACAAAUAAAAUUUUCUAACUUGGUCGAGGAGAUUUCUGAUGACAAACACAUGGAAUUUGAAGAAAUGAUGUUCUGGUGUAUUUCCAAUAUCAAAACAAUCGAAGGAUCGCCAGUUACGUUUUACGACCAUAAUAGUGCGAAUAAACCAACAACCACUUCUACAUCCGACGGAGAAGAAAACGAAGAAGAGACUACACUACCACCAGUUUUACCCACAAAACGCAUUAAAAGAAAAAUUAUUAAAAUGCCGAUGAAUCAGAUUAUGAAAAUGCCCGAUGAAUUAGAUUAUAAAAAUGAACUUGAACUCGAUCCAGUAACCAUUUCACCAAAGAAACCUAAACCGAAAGUUGAGAGACAGGAUUGUUAA